UAAAUUACAACCAUUAGAUGUAGCAAUUAACAAAAGUUUUAAAGCAAAUCUACGUCAAUAUUACAAUAAUUGGAUAAGUUCUGAGCCAUUGUCAGAAUCAUCAUUUGAACCACUGUUGAAACUAUUGUCAGAAUCAUCAGAUCCAAAUUGUGGCUUUAUAAUUAGUCUAAGAUGA